CUCUAGAGGCUAAACAUGUCUAGCGAAUCGAGCGAAGCGGAUGGCAUAGUCAUACGCGUCAUGAACGUCUCAGAUUUUCAGAAUGCUAAGCAAGCAAUGGGCGGGAAUGUGAACAAUGACGAGCCGCUAGAUGCGUUCUGCGGCGGGAACGUGAAGAAGGGUAAUGAGCAGGAGGACGAUGAAUAUUACAUUUCCAUUGUAGAGCAAGGAACUAGUCUCGUGGCAAUCGAUGAGAAGAACGGAGGACGCAUCGUCGGCAUAGUUUUGGCUGCUGCUCAGACACCUAGCGAUUUGAAUAGAUAUUCCCAAAGUGUAUCGGCACUAACUGACUUUGAACGCAUCGAAACAUUUAUAGCAAAGGUCGAGAACGAAGCCAAUCUCUUCAAGCGUUACGGCGUCUCUAAGCUGCUCUACUCACACAUCACCAAUGUUGAUGCCACAAUGCGUGGCAAAGGACUGGGCGCACGUCUAACUGUCGCUCUAAUCGGAGUGGCUCGUUCCAAGGGCUACCCUCUGCUGGUGGCCUGCUGCACCAGCUUCUAUUCGGCACGCCAGAAGCAGGCCUUGGGCAUGGAGUGCGUCUACAAAUUAGCCUAUAAGGACUACAGGGAUGAAAACGGUCGAGUUGUAUUCAACCCACCUGAACCGCAUACACAUGUACGCGUGAUGGCCAUUAAACUAUAAGCUGAUUGAUAUGACACUCAA